AUGAACGCUACAGAGAAGGAGGCACCGGAUGCCCACUUCACAGUGGACAAACAGAACAUCUCCCUCUGGCCCACUGAGACUCUUCCUAAGCAAGGUCCGAAUCUGGUCCUGAGAAAAGCUCUCACCGUUCGUGUGGUUUUAAUCUGCCUGUCUCUGAUCAUGGCCACUUCCAUUAUCCUCCAGGCCAUUCUCUAUCCCUGGUUCGUGGGCACACUAUCAGAUGUAAAAAAUAAUGCUCAAGUGUUGAAAAGUCGUGUGGAUAAUGUCAGCACCCUGGGUUCUGAAAUUCUGAAGAACAGCAAAGACGUGGAGGCAGCUGGCAGUCAGAUCCAGAUGGUGCACGUUAUCCUCAAUCAGCUGAAUUCUCACAUCUUGACAUUGGAGACCAGUGUGGACAAAGCCAACACACAGAUCCAGAACUUAACAAGAAGUUGGAAGGAAGUCGAUUACUUAAAUGACCAAAUUCCAGAGUUGAAAAGAGAGUUUGAUAAAGCCAGUGCUUUAACUGCAAAGGUCCGGGGACUACAAAACAGCUUGGAGAACAUCAGCAAAUUGCUCAAAGGACAAAAUGACAUCUUACAGAUGGUUUCCCAAGGUUGGAAGUACUUCAGAGAGAACUUCUAUUACUUUUCUCAUAGUUCAAAGACCUGGUACAGUGCCCAGCAGUUUUGUGUGUCCAGGAAUUCACACCUGGCCUCAGUGACCUCAGAGGGUGAGCAGGAGUUUCUGUACAAGACAGCAGAUGGACUUCCGCACUGGAUUGGCCUGACUAAAACAGGAAGCGAAGGGGAUUGGUCCUGGGUAGAUGACACUCCAUUUAAUAGUGUCCAAAGUAAGAGGUUCUGGAUUCCAGGAGAGCCCAACAAUCUGGGAAACAACGAACACUGUGGCAAUAUUAAGUUGUUCUCACUCCGGUCCUGGAAUGAUGAUUCCUGUGACAAUAAACUCCUUUUCAUCUGUAAACGACCCUAUAUCCCAUCAGAACCAUGA